AGGACUCCUCGCCUGGCUCGGAAGGUUUUGUGGUGCAUCCCUGAGCAUGAGCGCAGAAUGAAGCGACGUUUGGAUGACCAGGAGUCACCGGUGUAUGCGGCCCAGCAGCGUCGGAUCCCUGGUAGCACAGAGGCUUUUCCUCACCAGCACCGGGUGCUUGCCCCUGCCCCUCCUGUGUAUGAAACAGUGUCCGAGACCAUGCAGUCAGCCACGGGAAUUCAGUACUCCGUGACACCCAGCUAUCAGGUUUCAGCAGUGCCCCCGAGCUCUGGCGGUCACGGGCCCAGCAUCACAGCGGUUCACAGUGGCCACCAUCACCCGGCCGCUGUGCAGCCCCAUGGAGGCCAGGGGGUCCAGAGUCACGCUCAUCCCGCCCCGCCAGUCACACCAGUGCAGGGACAGCAGCAAUUUCAGAGGCUUAAGGUGGAAGAUGCGCUGUCCUAUCUUGACCAGGUGAAGCUGCAAUUUGGUAGUCAGCCUCAGGUCUACAAUGAUUUCCUUGACAUCAUGAAGGAAUUUAAAUCUCAGAGCAUUGACACUCCAGGAGUGAUUAGUCGUGUGUCCCAGCUGUUCAAAGGCCACCCUGACCUGAUUAUGGGCUUCAAUACCUUCUUGCCCCCUGGCUACAAGAUUGAGGUGCAAACCAAUGACAUGGUGAACGUGACAACUCCUGGCCAGGUUCAUCAGAUCCCCACCCAUGGCAUCCAGCCCCAGCCUCAGCCACCACCCCAGCAUCCUUCCCAGCCUUCAGCCCAGUCAGCCCCAGCUCCUGCCCAGCCAGCUCCUCAGCCCCCACCUGCCAAAGUCAGCAAGCCUUCCCAACUACAAGCACAUACUCCAGCCAGUCAGCAGACUCCCCCUCUCCCACCGUAUGCAUCCCCGCGCUCUCCACCUGUUCAGCCUCAUACACCAGUGACAAUCUCGUUGGGAACGGCCCCAUCCUUGCAGAACAAUCAGCCUGUGGAGUUUAAUCAUGCCAUCAACUAUGUUAAUAAAAUCAAGAACAGGUUCCAGGGCCAACCAGACAUCUACAAAGCGUUCCUGGAGAUUUUGCACACAUAUCAGAAAGAGCAACGAAAUGCCAAGGAAGCUGGAGGAAACUACACUCCAGCAUUGACUGAGCAGGAGGUCUAUGCCCAGGUGGCUCGUCUUUUUAAAAAUCAGGAAGAUCUGUUGUCAGAGUUUGGACAGUUCCUACCAGAUGCCAACAGCUCUGUGCUUUUAAGCAAAACAACGGCUGAGAAGGUUGAUUCCGUGAGAAAUGACCAUGGAGGCACUGUGAAGAAGCCGCAGCUGAACAACAAGCCACAGAGGCCCAACCAGAAUGGCUGCCAGAUCCGUCGGCACUCAGGAUCGGGAACCACCCCUCCGGUAAAGAAGAAACCUAAACUGCUCAGCUUAAAGGAUUCUUCCAUGGCAGAUGCCAGCAAGCAUGGUGUAGGAACAGAAUCAUUAUUUUUUGAUAAGGUCCGAAAGGCUCUGCGGAGUGCAGAGGCCUAUGAGAAUUUCCUGCGCUGUCUUGUUAUCUUUAACCAGGAGGUGAUCUCUCGGGCUGAGCUUGUACAGCUAGUCUCUCCUUUCCUGGGGAAAUUCCCUGAAUUGUUUAAUUGGUUUAAGAACUUUCUGGGCUAUAAGGAGUCUGUACAUCUGGAAACCUUUCCAAAGGAACGAGCCACAGAGGGCAUUGCCAUGGAGAUAGAUUAUGCCUCUUGUAAACGGUUGGGCUCUAGCUAUCGAGCCCUACCAAAGAGUUACCAGCAGCCCAAGUGUACAGGACGGACUCCUCUCUGUAAAGAGGUUUUAAAUGAUACUUGGGUUUCCUUCCCUUCCUGGUCUGAGGACUCCACCUUUGUUAGUUCCAAGAAAACCCAGUAUGAAGAACACAUCUAUCGUUGUGAAGAUGAACGCUUUGAGCUUGAUGUAGUUUUAGAGACCAAUCUGGCAACGAUCCGGGUUCUGGAAGCAAUACAGAAGAAGCUUUCUCGCUUGUCUGCUGAGGAACAAGCCAAAUUUCGCUUGGACAACACCCUUGGGGGCACAUCGGAAGUUAUUCAUCGAAAAGCACUCCAGAGGAUAUAUGCUGAUAAAGCAGCUGACAUCAUUGAUGGUCUGAGGAAGAACCCUUCCAUUGCCGUCCCAAUUGUCCUUAAAAGGUUGAAGAUGAAAGAGGAAGAAUGGCGAGAAGCUCAGAGAGGCUUUAACAAGGUGUGGAGAGAGCAAAAUGAGAAAUACUACCUGAAGUCUCUGGACCACCAGGGCAUCAACUUUAAACAGAAUGACACCAAGGUCCUGAGGUCAAAGAGCUUACUCAACGAGAUUGAGAGUAUCUAUGAUGAGAGGCAAGAGCAGGCUACAGAAGAUAAUGCCGGUGUACCUGUUGGCCCGCACCUCUCACUUGCCUACGAAGACAAACAGAUCCUGGAAGAUGCCGCUGCUUUGAUUAUCCACCACGUGAAAAGGCAGACCGGCAUUCAGAAGGAGGACAAGUAUAAAAUCAAGCAGAUCAUGCAUCAUUUCAUUCCAGAUCUGCUCUUUGCUCAGAGAGGUGAUCUCUCAGAUGUGGAGGAAGAGGAAGAAGAAGAGAUGGAUGUAGAUGAAGCCACAGGGGCAGCUAAGAAGCACAAUGGUGUUGGGGGCAGUCCCCCUAAGUCCAAGCUACUGUUUAGUAACACAGCAGCUCAGAAAUUAAGAGGGAUGGAUGAAGUAUACAACCUCUUCUAUGUUAAUAACAACUGGUAUAUCUUCAUGCGACUGCACCAGAUUCUCUGCUUGCGGCUGCUGCGGAUUUGUUCCCAAGCUGAACGGCAAAUUGAAGAAGAAAACCGAGAGAGAGAGUGGGAACGGGAAGUGCUGGGCAUAAAACGAGACAAGAGCGACAGCCCUGCCAUCCAGCUACGUCUCAAAGAACCUAUGGAUGUUGACGUAGAAGAUUAUUACCCAGCUUUCCUGGAUAUGGUGCGGAGCCUGCUGGAUGGCAACAUAGACUCGUCGCAGUACGAAGAUUCACUAAGAGAGAUGUUCACCAUUCACGCCUACAUUGCCUUCACCAUGGACAAAUUAAUCCAGAGCAUUGUCAGACAGGUGAGGGCACAGUGGAGGCUAGGUUUGGUGAGGGAAGAAAGCGAGCAUUGGGCUUCUCUGCUUUGUAGGAAUCUGAGGCGGAUCCGGAAAUGUCAGCGUGGUCGAGAACAGCAGGAAAAGGAAGGGAAGGAAGGAAACAGCAAAAAAACCAUGGAGAAUGUGGAUAGCCUGGAUAAACUGGAGUGUAGAUUCAAGUUGAAUUCCUACAAGAUGGUGUAUGUGAUCAAGUCAGAGGACUACAUGUAUCGGAGAACUGCCUUGCUCCGGGCUCAUCAGUCCCAUGAACGUGUAAGCAAGCGGCUACAUCAGAGGUUCCAGGCCUGGGUAGAUAAAUGGACCAAGGAGCAUGUGCCCCGUGAAAUGGCAGCAGAGACCAGCAAGUGGCUCAUGGGUGAGGGGCUGGAGGGCCUGGUGCCCUGUACCACCACCUGUGACACAGAGACCCUGCACUUUGUGAGCAUUAACAAGUACCGUGUCAAAUAUGGCACAGUGUUCAAAGCCCCGUAACUGCAAAGCGAGAGCAGAUAACUUGAGGGGGGUGUGUGUGGGGAGCGCGUGCACUCACGCACACUGAAGAAACAAGGAAGAUGCCUUUCAAGCCUCACUGGGCCUCUCUGGGACAUGGCCACCUGAUCAGUGUGUGGCUGGUGCAACCUGGCACCAAGUGGGCUACAUAUAAGGAACGUGGAUACCUUACAAAGCCGGAGCUGGAACUUUUCCUAAGGGGUCUGGGGUAUUAGCCUGCCCCGGAGGGGAAGGAAAUCCAUGCAAGCACAGAGACAUGCAGCUUGCUUGCACACACCAGCAGAGCCAAGACUGGAGUCUCCUGGGGCCUGACCUUCGAUGAAGGAGCCAGAUGCUGUUCACACCUUGACUGGAUGGGCGUGCACUGACAGACUGGGGAAGGACUCACCGCUCAGAUGGAUUGUAACUCUGAUGGUCACUGCUCCUCUCCUCUCCCCCCAAAAGGAAAAAAAAACUGGAUUUGAUUUUUUUUUUUUUUUUUUUCCCUCCUGGUCACUCAAGCACAUCUAGAUCACCCAUUAGAUUUUAUCUGGGACCUGCAGUUUGGCUUUGGGAUUGAUCAUCUUGUGGGUUUUUCCUGAUGAAUCCCUCGCUGCCCACCCUUUACACUCUCCUCUGGUUCUCAGCCUCAGCAAGUUCAAAUCCGUCGUCCUUUUUAGCUCCCGUGGAACUGUUUUGUACCUGCUUCUUUACUAGUCUACCCUAGUGCCAUCCACCAGCUUUACUCUCUGACACACACACACACACGCACACAAUUUUAACUUGGUUUUUCUUUUUCUUUUUUUUUGUAAAUAAUGUACAUACUGUCGAUUUUUUAUUAAAAGAAAUAUGCUUUGAUGUGCUAGCACAACUGCUCUAGCUUCUUGUGUACCAUAGUUCCAUGUGGCUUCAGAUUUAGUACCUAUGAACAGAUGUACAAGACAUUUAUUACACUUUUUACCAAAGGGA